CUAGAAGAAAUGUCCAGACUUUUGAAGAUAUGUUUCUUAUUGGUAUCGAUGAAUCAUGCUGAGAUUACCCACAGUCAGAACUCUGAAGAUUUGCCUCCAUUAUUACACAAAGCUGUGGAGGAAGUAGUAACUGGGAAAUAUCUGAAUGCCCUCCUUGAUAUACUUCAUUUUCAGAGUUCUAAUGUCUGGACAGCAGAUAUGCUUACAAAAGUCAUGGCAUAUUUUCAUGCCCAGGAAGUUAUGUUUACUCCUAGCGGCCUACAGAUGUCCAUUAAAAGUUACCUGAAGAACCUUUUAUACCAGCCUAGACAACUACUAUCCGAAUUUCAACAGCUUGAUCAGCAGCAGUUCCAAACUGCAAUGAAGUAUCUCUUCAGCAGCAGCAAAGACCAUCUCGAAAUGGGAAAUACUAUUCUUGACUGGGACAAGACUAGAGAGAUAAUUUUUCAAAGCCCAGGAGUAAACAGGACCUUGUUCCUUAUAACACUGGAUAAAUGCUUUCUGACUCUGAAUGCUUUGGACUGUGUGGAUAUCCUAAGCCAGGUUUUGCGUGUGUCAGCGGUGAACUAUCUCCAACCUGACAUAAUUGGGAGCCUCCCAAACAUUCUGCAGGAGGAUGCUUUCAGAAACUUAUCAACAGUAUUCAAGGACCUCUAUGACAAAACCUCAGCAAAUACACAGACAGCUCUGUAUGGCUGGAUGAAGAAGGUUCUACAAAACUCCUGUAACAUGAGUGAGUUCAACGAAUCAACUUCUUGGGUCAGUGCAGAAAACUUAUGGAUUUUGGGAAGAUACAUGGUCCAUCUCCCAUUAGAAGAAAUUCUGAAAAUUAGUCUCAAUGAAAUAAGACUAUUCAUUAGCUAUGACAACGCAACAAAGCAGUUGGACACAGUGUAUGAUAUCACACCAGAGCUUGCACAAGCUUUCCUAGAAAGAAUAAACUCAUCAGGAUUUGAUAUGAGAAAUACUUCAACUCUCUACAGGCUAGGUUUAUUGGUUUGCUUUUAUGAUGACAUGGAACAGAUGGAUGCUGCUGUGGCCCAGGCUUUACUUCAUCAAAUGAUUAAAUGCAAUCAGUUGAGAGGUUUCCAGGCUGAGGUUCAGAAGCUAAAAUCUCAACUCCUAAACAUUGCCAUGCAAAACCAGACACUGAAUGAUAUCCUUGGAUCUCUGUCUGAUGCCGUGGUUGGGCUAACUUCAAGUCAGCUGGAAUCUUUGUCACGUGAAGGAGUGCAUAAUGCUAUUGCAACGUUAAACCAAGUCUCUGGGUGGGCAAAAAGCCAAGUUAUGAUUUUAUCCAGUAAAUACCUCUCCUAUGAAAAGGUUUUAUCGUUUUAUAAUGUUAGUCAAAUGGGCGCGUUGGUAACUGGUAUUAGCACCCAGUCAUUCUACAGCAUGAACCCGAAGGAGCUUUCUCAGAUUAUUCGAGGCACAACAUCGCAAUACUUAUCUGACUUAUUGCCUGCACAACAGCAAGGGAUCCUCAGGAAGAUAGCUGCAUCUGGUGAUUUUUCUUCAUCAGUCAAAGAUAUACAAGGAGCCUUCUUUAAAGAAAUAUCUCUUUCUGAUUUAUGGAAGCAGACUGGAUAUAAUUCUUCAAUGAUGAAAGAAAAAGAACUAAGAAGAAGCCAGGCUUUGUAUCUGUAUGAAUUACUGUCUAAGAAAAACCAUCCUGUUGACCUGCUAAGCACAGGACAGCUUGUGAAAGGAGUAACUUGUCAACUCAUUGAAAGUAUGGGCACAGACUUUUUUUUAAACACUUUUAAAUUCUUUGAAAAGAAUCUUCAUCUGCUUUCUCCCUAUCAGGUUAAUUGUUUGGCUUGGAAGUUUUGGAAAGUCUCCAAUGCAUCUAUUCCUCCCUUCCUCUUAUUUGUGCUUCCGACUGAGUACUUGGAGUAUGUCUCAGGCCCUUUGUGUGUCCCUUUCAUUGAAAAUCUGGGGAAGACAGAGAUGUACCUUUUGAAUCCAAGCCUUCACAAAAAGAACGCUGUCCUACAAAAAGUACAGGAGUGCUUGAACGGCUCCAUUGCUGAUGAAUAUGAUGUUGACCUACUUGGAAAUCUAAUCUGCCACUUACCUCCAGCCUUUCUCCAUGACAGAAUGUCCCUGAAGGCAAUGGCAACAGCCUUUCAGCAACUCAAACUCUGCCAACAGCUCAGCCACGAGCAGAAGGCUGAAAUUAAAUACAAACUCCUCGAGUUAUAUGGGUCCCCAAACAACUGGACAGCUGAAACAGCAUUAGAUGUUGGACCAUUCAUAGCUCUGCUGUCAAAAGGGGAAUUAAAUGUCCUUGCUGAAAAGUUCCCCCAUAUCAUUUUACAAAUAGCAAAGACAAUUGGACCGAUUUCUUCAGCCAAAGAACUUCUAUCAACUGUAUUUGAAUCUCUCUCCAGUGCCAAUGCCAACACCGAAUCAUCUCUCGCCAGACCUGAUUGCCUGGGAACCAGAGCUCCUUCUUCAGAUGAAAUUAUUAAAUUAGCAGAAGCAAAUGUCUUCUGGUCAGUUCAGGAACUGAAAUGUAUGGAUGCAGGGACUUUUGACAAAAGCGUGGAACUUCUUGGGACUGUCUCAGGUUUUAACAAUUCUCAGCUUAUUGCCUUGAAGGAAAAAGCCAAGGAGGUUUGGGGAUCGCUGCCAGAGUGGAAGAGUUAUCAUAUUGUUUCCCUGGGCCGCAUUGCUCUGGCUCUCACUGAACGUGAAAUCGAAGAGCUGGAUUUGCAGUCUGUCGACACCAUUUCUGUCCUUAGUCAGCAAACAGAAUGGACUUUUACCCAGGCAAGAUCUAUUUUGCAAGGUUUUCUAGAAGACUCUGGCCAGACAAUCAGUACACUAAAAAGCUUUGAUUUAGUUGGAUUAGGAGCUAUUCUCUGUGCUCUGAACUCCACAGAAAUCAUGUCCAUAAGGAGUGCUGAAUUCAGUGCUGCCGUUGUAAGAAUUGGCCUGUUGUUUUGUAGCACCCCUGUUUUGAGACAAUUUAAGAAGAUGACAGAAUCUGUGUUUGGUACUGCUACCAGCUGGAAUGGCUCGAUUUUACAGGAGAUUGGUACUAUAGCAGGUGGUUUGAAUGAGGAUGAAUUAAAAGCUUUCGAUAAAAACUUGAUGCCAUGUUUCCAGCCAAUAGCAAUAAGACGUAUACCUCCUGAAAUUUUCCAAGCAUUGUCCCCAGAACAAAUAGCAAACCUGGGCCCUGAAAAUGCCGCCAUGGUUACCAGGUCGCAGCGUGAGCGUCUGAAUGCAUCGCAGCUCCAGAGCCUUCAGCUGGCGCUGGAUGGAGCCAGGACAAGCACCCCAGAGACACAAAACGGGGCAAGCACUACCCAGGUGGUGCAAACCCCAGCUCCAAACCGUGCUCCUUGUUUGAGUGGCUUCGGCAUCUGGUUGUGUACUGUGUUUACACUGCACCUGCCUUUCUGAAUCCAUGAUUGUUAAGCUUAAGUGUCCCGGAGCUUACAAAGGAGAUGCUAGAGAUGAAGAGUUGCAGCUCAGCAAGAAUAGUAGAAUCAAGAGGCUCUGAGAUGCCUGAGUGCAAAGUGGUUCAUUUCUUAAAAGCAACACCUUCAUCUGCCAUCAUGAUAUGAAGUAUCCCCUUAUCCCCUUUCCCUACUUUUACCAUUACAAGUAACACAGGAUCCCUCCAAAUACUUCAGACAAAUUUCAAAACUGGAAAUGGCUUAUCUGUCUCAUGAGAAAACCACUGAAAGCUAUGCUUCCAUGUUAGGGAGGAGCCUGAAUGACCUAGGGGACAGGUCACAGGUGACUGUUAUUUGGAGGAUGAUGUGUUCUACCCAGUGCUUUUUAUGUUGGCUAAUUUUGUCAUGCUUUUGUAGACAUCUGGUGGGUUUUCUUCUUAUACUUUGAGUGCACAUUCCUCCGGACAGCGGCUAUCCUUCUGUGUGACAUAGUAGAAACCAUACUAAACGUUACUACUGUUGCAAUAAAAUAGCUUCAUCUCUGGGCUGCUGUUUUAAAUCCUGCUCAGAUAAGAAGUGAUGACGUGUUCUUAUAAUUUAAGCACCUGUAUGAAUUGUAGUUGCCGAUGGCUGUAUGUAUUCAAUGCAGAACUGUUGACACAGAGGGCAUUGGCAAUACUGUUAGUAUUUCAUGUGACAAUGCACCGUGGAAACCCACGUAUGUUCAUCAUAGAAGCAUAGAAUAGAAUCAUGGAAUCAUUUAGGUUGGAAAAGACCUUUAAGAUCAUCAAGUCCAACCGUUAACCUAGCACUGCCAAGUCCACCAGACUAUCAUGAGAUAGUCCCUUCACUUCAGGUAGGGUUGAAGCAUGACCAGGAAUAGUAAGGGAAAACUGUUCACUGGGUCUACAUACUACUAGGACUGUCAAUCCAGUACUUUCCACAAGCUCUAUAAUAACGAAUUUCACAUAAUUAUAAACCACAAAUAUUUUAAUGUGUUUUAUCAACGUAUGGCUUAUGUGUCUAAUGUUUUUCAUGCCACGCCUCAGUAUUUUAAACAAUGGAAAAAACAGAUACGUUAUAAACCCUCUGCACGUGAACAUACAUUUUCGUGUUGUUCAACAUGAUUUCAUGCCAAGAAUGCAUGGUACCGUUUUCCAUUUUGCCAUUGCAAAAGUCUUUAUCUUUUCUAGACUAAAAAAGGCAAUGCAUAGACUUAAAAGUUUACCUUUGUCAUUCAGGGCUGUACUGUAGUAAAUACCUUUCAAACUUUUAUUUGUGUUUCUUUAUGGCAAACAUUACAUCUAGCUUCCCAGCCCUGAAAGCAGAACCAAAAUUUUGCUGCACGUGGGAAAGGAAUAGGAGUGGGGCUGAGAGGGAGAGACUGGAGGAAAGAGGUUUGCUGCUUUCGCUGCUGCUGGGGGAAGGGUGAAUGUUAGUUGUCACUGCUGUUGGGAAUAACAGCUCCUACCACAGUCCCAUGUAUUCUGUAAUUUCUGCAGCAGCAGGAGCCAACCUGAUUUUCAGGGCUUUGUUACUGGCAAAGUAGGCAGUGAGAGCCUGGCUGUCUUUCACCCCCUCCUGGUUCCCUCUCCCCCUUCAGCAGUCUGCUGUUCUAGGAACUGCCUUUGCCUGUAACUAACCCUGGCAAGCAUGAUGUGAUGUUACAGAUAAUACUGUGUGCUUUAGUUUUGCGUUUUAUGAGCAAAGAACUACUAUGGCUGUAAAAUGUCUUGCACCUUUUUCUCUCAUGCUAACGAUAAGAUUCCAGCUUUUCCCGCUGGGUUUCCUUUUCUGCAUGUAAACAGUAGAUUGUGACAUUUAUUUAAAUGGAAAAAAAAUUGUUAAUCCCAGCAAAUACAUGC